AUGAAUUCAAUCUUCGCAGACACCACAACGACGGACACAACCCCUAAUAACCUUGACAUGGAUGAUCUUACAAAGGCACUUGAAGAUAUCGAGCUUGAACAAGCUUGGGCCGAUCGCGAAAAUGUCGCCGCCACCAUCCCUGACGCGAGAACCUCUACACGUUGUGAUGUUUCCGCUGAGUCUGUUGUGAUGCCAUCAAGCUUGGACGAGCAUGCUACUCAAGCCAUGACGCAACAGUUCUGGGAUCGUAACCGCCGUAUGCGAGAGGCACGUGUUCAAGCAGAGUCUGCUGCCUUGAUCGAGCAGCUCAGGCACAGCCUUAGCAAAGCAGGGCUAGCCAGCAUUAACAGAAGCUGCAGCGUGUCGCCUCAGGAUUACAGAGAGGCAGACCAGCACACCAUGUCAAAGCCAGCCCUAUUGGCAGCUCAAGCACGUGAGACCAGUGGGCCUGCUCGAAGACCAGAUUACUACGAACCUCAAAGAGAAGUGUUUCCAGACGUCAUGAACCGCACUUCCACCCAGAAAUCAGAACAACAGCUCUGCGUCUCUGGCGGAAACAACAAUCGGCAAGACUCAAAACAUGCUAUAUUUCACCACUUCAACUUAGGUGCCUACGUGCGCGUCCGGAAGGGGAGGUACAAAGGUUAUACCGGCAGAGUCGAAGGAAGAGGUAUGUGGUCGGUAGCGAUCAAUCUAGAAGUCGCUGCCAGAAGUGUCAAUGUCGCGAAUCAGGACCUCGUUCUCGUUCAGGAGGAGGAGGAGGACAAGGAGAAUCAAAUGGACGUAGAAUGA